GGAGAAGGAUAUUACAAGUCACAUUCUGGCCUCUGCACACCUCAAUCAUCUCCAUUUACUCUUUGGCGGUGCUAAACAAUUGCAUCGCCCAUCCACCGGAGACCUUCACGCUACGCAUUUCGCUAAGCCCCUCUUCCUUAUAUAAACCAUCCAAACUAACCUGCCAGCGCCCAAACAGUGACUAGACCGCCCACUCGGUACACCGUCUCGCUUCCGGCCGCUCGCUCGCCCUCACGCACCACCGCUACCACCACCACCCCACCACCUUUUAAAAGCCCCCACCACAUCCUGCGCUGCACGCGAAGCUCAGCUCAUCAGCUCACGGUGGAAGAGGAGGAGGCAGCGCACGAGAGGGAGCAGAAGCGCGCGAGGAGGUCACGGUCAGGCGACGCCCACCACCAGCACAGCCACGACCGCGCGAUGGCGUGCAUCAACAUGUACAACCCGGACGGCGCCGCGGGGUUCGGCGGCGGGCCGCAGCCGCCGGCGGCGCUGGGCCCGCGCAUCUCCUUCUCCAGCGACUUCGCCGUCGAGCCGCCGCCGCCGGUGCAGAACCGGGCGAUGAGCCUGCGGUGCCAGGAGGAGGACCUCAACUUCGAGUUCUCGGUGGGCAGCCACCCCAUGAUGGCCGCGGACCAGCUCUUCUCCAAGGGCAGGAUCCUGCCCUUUAAGGACAACGGCGCCUUCGCCGGCCGGCCGCCCACCACGCUCCGCGACGAGCUCCGCGGCGGCGGUGCCAGCGACGACGACGAAAGGGCAUCCGCCAGCAAGGGAUCCAGCCGGUGGAAGGAGAUGCUCGGCCUGCGGAAGGCGCUCUGCGUCGGCGGCGGCAACGGCCCGGCCAAGAAGGCUAGCAGCAGCGACAAGGGCAUCGCCGAUGCCGACAUGGUCACCGCCGACAUGGCCGCGUCCAAUCAGGAGCUAUGAUGAGGUGACCGACGGGGAAGAUGAGACAGGCAUGGGGCACACGGGCACGCACUCCACAUGAAGCUUCUGUCCUCAGCUCCCUCCUUCCUGAUGCUGUUGAUCAACCUCUUGAAUUGUGCUUGUCGCCAUCCAUGGGCUAGGUUUUGUAGAUUGUUGUGAGUUUGCUUGUGUGCUAGAUGGCCCGUUGAAAAGAGCAAAAAAAAAUUGUGUAUUUUUCUUGCAUCAGUGCUCUGAUCUCUCUCUAGUAAGCUAUCCACUCACUCGAUCCAUCCAUGGUCAGUCUUUGCUCCUCCUCCUUUCACUUGUUCUUGGCUUCCUCCACCCUGUACAAAGUGGCUGUGUAGAUGGGAAAUUUAUGGUGCAAUGAUUAGAUUUGCCAGGUGGCCAGAUCUGUGAAGUGAGGAGGCUGUAGUUACCAGUGAUGGCGCCUUUCUGGCCGCCCCUGUGGGGAUCAACAGUGUUCUCCUU